CGCGAGGCUGUCAAACACUGAAGUUUCCUCAGGCGCGUGCAGCACGCCAGCAAUUAAACACAAAAUAAUGUAAAAAUAAUAGAGUGCCUUUCAUUCAAAUGUCACGGAUUUCAGUGAAGGAUUCUUCGUUCACGCCACCCCAACAACGUUUCGAUACUUUAAACGGAUUCAUGAAAAUUGGAGGCGCGUGAUGAUGAGAACGCACGAUUGAAUCAGGGCUUUGAAGAAACUUGAACGUUGAGAUCUGUUCACACACUGCAAACGUCCAUAGGGUCAAGAUUAAUUUUUUUAUGAUCAGAUGUUUUUUAUAUUGACGUUUGACGAAUGAACUCCUAUCAGGGACCCUUACUUUUAAAUUCAAAAUCAAGGCCACGACUUUCACCUUAAUAUUUACAAGAAAUGUUGAGACUGUUUCACCCAAGAUAAUCCAAAGAUAUAAUCAAACAUAAUCAUGCAUCUGGAGGUGAAGGUUGCUUUGAACUUCAUCGUGUCCUAUUUGUAUAACAAGCUACCGCGCCGGAGGGCGGAUUUGUUCGGCGAGGAGCUGGAGCGAAUCCUAGUGUCCCGUUUUGAAGGCCAUUGGUACCCCGAGUCUCCGUUACGUGGUUCUGCUUUCCGCUGCCUUCAUCUGGGGGCUCCCAGGGAUCCGGUGGUUGAACUUGCGGCCAGGAGGAGCGGUCUGGACACGGAUGAAGUCCAUGCUAACGUUCCACCCGAGUUAAGCAUUUGGAUCGACCCUUAUGAAGUCUCUUACCAGAUUGGAGAGAAAGGCGAGGUGAAAGUUCUCUAUGUAGACGAUCCACCGGGUUUAGGGGGUCAACGGUCAGAUGUAAGCGCACUUAAAGGAGAAGAAGAAUUUGAGGAAGUAAAGAGUCUGGGCUUUAACCCAGAAGCUCAGGUGUUUGUGCCCGUCGGAGGCCGGAUGUCCCCUGUCUCACUUUCCGGUUCUCCGACUCCUCUCUCUACCUCGUCCUGCCUGGGGCCGUUCGGUUACGCUGCCCCCAGCACCCCCACCCACCCCAGUGCUCAUUCUUCCAACACUUCCACCCCGUCCCCAACCAGUGUGGGCCUCGUGUACCCAGGUGCCGGCUUACAUGCCAUACCUCAGCCCAUCACCUUCACUACAGCAAGCUUUGCUGCAACCAAAUUUGGCUCCACAAAGAUAAGGAUGAGCGGAAACUCCUCCGGUACCGGCGCUGUUCAGCAGCAGAGGAUGAUGACGUGCUCGCCCUGCACCGUUUCCCCUCCCGGCCUGAUGAAGCACAGACCUCUUUCUCUCUCCAUGCACUCGCUGACAUCUCCUGUCUUCAGCCAGCUGUCUCCAGAUGCCAAAGAGUUUGUGUUUCCAGGUUCUCAAAGACCUCUGUACUUUGAUGCAGAAGCUCCGACUCCUCACGUCUCCUUUGAUCUGUUCUCCAGGCCACCACCGGCUCAGGCGAUGGGAAUCAUUGGUGGCAAUAGUGGGAUUUCCUUCAUGGAUAAUCCUGCAUUUGUGGAGGGUCUUGGUGGAUACAACCUGCAGUUCUCUGGCCAGGUCUUCCAGCCUGUUGUGUUGGCCAACUGAGAUGAAGAUCGUGAAAUGUUUUCCCUGAAUCAUGAAGUAUUAAUUUACAAUUUGUUUUUCCUAUUUGUUUUAUUUUGGCCAAGUGUUGCACACAUCUUUGUGUUUGUUUCUGUGAUUGCCCAAAUGUUUCUCCAUAUCAAGACCUCUUUCUUCUGCUUUGACAACAGAUGCUCAUUUUAAAACUGAUUCUGGAAUGCUAAUGCCAGAUGCUAAUUUGGGAUUUUGGUAAUGCAGCAGUGUUCCUAAAGUUGAUUGUGUGAUGUCACAUUAACAGUCUGGUCACAUCUCAGAGGUCAUAUAUGAAGAUUAUUGUUAACUUUAUGAUCUGUUCACCGUCCUGAGCUCACGUCUUGUGUGUUUGUGUGUUCAUUCAGGCUUUAAAUGCACUACAACAAACGACAGCUUUGUUUGAGCUAAAUUUAGCAGAAAUCAGACCAGCGUUUAAUGUGGAUAUUUCAGCGUUUAGUGCACUUGAUAGAUGUAGUUGUAAAAGCAGGACAGGACAGAAUGAUUGACAGGUGUAUUGAUGUCUCUGAUCGUCUCUUACACACACGGUUUGUUGGUCAGCAGUGUGUUAAGGCGUUCAGGUUGACGCAGGUGAUGUUGUGUUUUACCACACUGUUGUAUUCAUGCGUUUUUCCUUGUAUGAUAUGAAAGUGAUUUUUACAUGGAGAAUUGCACACCGUUCUGUUUGUUUUCACAUUUUUACUGUGUUUUUUGUGAGGUGGUUGUGAAGACUCUUCAGGACACUGUGAUGGAUGUUGACAUCAUCGUGUCCAGUCGUGAUGCACUUUACUCGCACAACACCUCACUAGAAAUAAAACACAUUAAAUGCCCUCGAUUCACCAUUUAAUAGGCUCGUGCGUGUGUGUGUGUGUGUGAAGUAUAGAUCAUAAUGUGCUGUAAUGAUUGUAUUGAAAUGUGUGUCCUGAUCCGGCUGUGAUGUCUAACAUUAAUCUGUGAAUGCUGACUUGAUAUAACUUCAGAUGUGCUUUUCAUUUAAUUUCAGAUUUCUCUAUAAAUGCUAUGACUUGGGUGUAUUUUUACAUUUGUUUAUAAUUUAGUUACAAUUUUCUAUUUUUGCUGUUUUUCAAAAGAUUUAUCUAAAGUGUUUAUAAAACAAAUGAAGAGACAUUUACUAUAAUGACAUGAAUGUGUAUAUAUUUCUUAUGUUUAUGAUCUUUUGUUUAGUUUCUUACGUGCUGAAGUUAUUUUUUCAGACUAUAUGAAUAUAAAUAUAUAUGCAAAAUGAAAUUAAUAAAAUGUUUAACAGCGGUAAA